CGAUCUUUCAUCUCUCACUCUCUCACUUCUUCUAUCAUCUUCCUUCAUUUCCCAACGCAUCACUCAAAACAAAAUGUCCCAGUACAAGGUCGCUGAUAUCUCUCUCGCCGCUUUCGGACGAAAGGAGAUUGAGCUCGCUGAGCAUGAAAUGCCAGGUCUCAUGAACCUCCGAGAGAAGUAUGCCAAAGAGCAGCCUCUCAAGGGAGCUAGGAUCGCCGGAUGUCUCCACAUGACCAUUCAGACUGCCGUCCUCAUCGAGACUCUCACUGCUCUCGGUGCCCAAGUCUCCUGGUCAUCUUGCAACAUUUUCUCGACUCAGGACCAUGCCGCUGCCGCGAUCGCUGCGACCGGUGUCCCCGUCUACGCCUGGAAGGGAGAGACUGAGGAGGAAUACAACUGGUGUAUCGAGCAGACUCUCACUGCUUUCCCCGGCGGAGAGCCUCUCAACUUGAUCCUCGAUGACGGUGGUGACUUGACCGGCUUGGUCCACGACAAGUACCCUCAAUACCUUGCCAACAUCAAGGGUAUCUCUGAGGAGACCACCACUGGUGUUCACCACCUUUACAAGAUGUUCAAAAACGGCAAGCUCAAGGUUCCCGCCAUCAACGUCAACGAUUCGGUCACCAAGUCCAAGUUCGACAACUAUUACGGAUGCCGAGAGUCUCUCGUCGACGGAAUCAAGCGAGCUACCGAUGUCAUGCUUGCUGGAAAGGUCGCUGUUGUCGCUGGAUUCGGAGAUGUCGGAAAGGGAUGUGCUCAAUCCCUCGCUUCUUACGGUGCUCGAGUUCUCGUCACCGAGAUCGACCCCAUCAACGCCCUCCAAGCUGCCAUGGCCGGAUACGAAGUCACCACCAUGGAGGACGCCGCCCCCCGUGCUAACGUCUUCGUGACCACCACCGGUAACCGAGACAUCAUCACCGGCAAACACUUUGAGGUCAUGCCCGAGGACGCCAUCGUCUCUAACAUUGGUCACUUCGAUGUCGAGAUCGACGUUGCCUGGCUCAAGAAGAACGCCGUCAAGGCGGUCAACAUCAAGCCCCAGGUUGACCGAUUCACCAUGAAGUCCGGACGACACAUCAUCCUACUUGCCGAAGGACGACUCGUCAACCUCGGAUGCGGAACCGGACACCCCUCCUUCGUCAUGUCCUGCUCCUUCUCCAACCAGGUCCUCGCUCAGAUCGCUCUUUGGAACAACGCCACUGCCUACCCUCUCGGUGUUCACAUGCUUCCCAAGCAGCUCGAUGAGGAAGUCGCCCGUGCGCACUUGGGCCAGCUCGGAAUCAAGCUCACCACCUUGAGCGCCGAGCAAUCCGAGUACAUCGGUCUCGCCGUCGAGGGACCUUACAAGCCCGAGCACUACAGGUACUAAGCGUUCCAUUGUUGGCCUCAACUGCCUUCUGAACCCCUAUACCUCGCUCGGAAUUGGUAUCUCCCUGGAUGACCUGCUUGUUCCCCCAUUCACAAUGACUCAUGUUUCAUAUACCAUCAUUCAAUACCCCCACUUGGCCUUACCCCGAGCCUUUCCAGAUGCUCACACACUGUACAUCCACUUUUCAUAGGACACGAAUUAGACGAAAAAAGGGGGGCAUCAACUGCCCAGAAUUUUGCAUGAUAAAAGACACCACCAAUCAGAACGCUCUGCAGUGCUUGAUAGAGUAGUAGAGAAGCUAGGGUUGCAUUGCAUGGGCCCAGCCAUGGGCGCAGAUAUGCAUUGGUCUGGCGGCGG